UCAGCCUCAGACUGUGCCAGUUAGCCACUGUCCGUGUGUGAGAGUCGGCAGGUUCAAACGGAGAUAUAGCAUUUCGACAAGCGUGCUUACUUCUGGAUUUUGAGAGGAAAGAAUGAUCUCAAACAACAUCGACGAUUUCACACUGCUGCUUUAUGCACUUUUUUGACCAUCUUCAGCACUUGAGGAGAACUCCAGCGACUGGACAGAAGUUGUAGAGCAAUGGAUCCAGUAACAAAGUGGACACCGAGGCAGGUUGUUGACUGGAUGAGAGGUCUGGAUGAUAGCCUCCAACAGUAUGUUCACAGCUUUGAGAGAGAGAAAAUAAAUGGAGAGCAGCUACUGAAGAUCUCUCAUCAAGACCUUGAGGAACUGGGCGUGGCCCGCAUUGGCCAUCAGGAGCUGGUGUUGGAGGCAGUAGAUCUGCUCUGUGCUCUGAACUAUGGACUGGAGACGGAUAACUUGAAGAACCUGGUGGUGAAGAUGAGAGCUGUCACCAACAGCCUUCACAGUGCAACAUCAGAACGCAGGAAAAGUCUUACGAAUGAAAACAGCACAUCUAGCAAGCUUCCAAAUGAAUUCCUUUCCUCUGUGGUUGAGCUUAUCGGAGCAGCCAAAAACCUCCUGGCUUGGCUAGACAGAACUCCGUUGACAGGGAUCAGCGAUUUCACAACUACCAAGAACAAAAUCAUUCAGUUGUGUUUGGAACUCACCACUACAGUUCAACAGGACUGCGCUGUGAAUGACAUGGAAGAGAAGAUUUUGGAUGUUUCGAAGGUGUUAAACAGUAUUUUUGACCAGACGGUGAGAACCACCUCCGAUCCUCUGAGUCAGUCAGCAUGUCUGUCGGAAGUUCAGCUUACCAACAUCAAACCAGGAGAGGGAUUGGGCAUGUACAUCAAAUCCACCUACGAUGGGCUUCAUGUCAUCACGGGCACCACUGAGAAUUCCCCAGCAGAUAUGACACACAAGAUCCACGCUGGAGAUGAGGUCAUCCAAGUCAACCAGCAGACAGUGGUGGGCUGGCAGCUAAAGAACCUGGUGGCCAAGCUGAGAGAAGACCCUGAAUGUGUGGUGCUUUUGUUAAAGAAAAGACCUACAGGAACAUCAGGCUUCACCCCAGCACCUCUCAAGAACAUGCGCUGGAAACCAGCCAUGCCCCAGAGCUCCACCUCUCCUAAUAAAAGUCAAUCAUCAGGUGAUUCUACCAACCUCUACAGUAGGAAAGACAAGCCAGCUAUACUGGACCUGUACAUCCCUCCACCACCCUCAGUGCCUUACACACCACGGGAAGUAAGAAAUGACUCCUUCACCAGAAUCAAUGCCAGACCUAAAGGCUCUGAGUCUCCAAACUCCUUCUUGGAUCUGGAGGGCCAUCAGUGCUUCACCAUUGCAGAGUACGACAAACUGUCUGUUCACCCCGUUGAGGUCAACGUACAGAUGCGACCGAGAGGAAGAUCUUCCUCACAUGGAAAACCACGGCCUCUUUCCAUGCCAGUGGAUACAAGUUUGAGUGUUGCAAAUCUGUAUGCGAAGCCCUGGACUCAUGGACGGAAAGGUGAAGAUCUUUUGUACAGAUACCUAAGCGACGAACGCAUACCAACGAUCGUUGAGGAGGCCCCGGGGCCAAGAUCAUCAUACAAAUCCAAAGCACAGAAACACUCUCAUGGGGCAGACCACGCAAGGAACAGCCGAAUAACGGUCAAUGCGGACCUACACAACAGCGCCACCAUCCCUUAUCAUGAGGACCUAAUCAAAAAGACCCCCAUGACAUCCACCCCCAAACGGCCCCCUGCGGAGCCCUCGCUACUGGUCAGUUGGAUCACACGGCUUAAGCUAUUGACUCACUAAUGUCAGCUUUGCCUUCUCCCCCCACCUUGGGCUACCUUUCUGUCGCCUUGGUGCCUUUGUCCAGCUCUGUGGUGGCUCUUUUCUCAUGGUCUCUUUCAUGCUUUCAUUCUCCUACUCUGGAUUUGUCUUUGUGCCUCUAAUUUGCUUAUAUUACCAUUUGACUAGAUUGCUUUAACAUGUCUAAAAUGACUAGAUGUAGAGCUGGAGUGUGUAAUUUUUUUUAUGUUUAAUGUUUCUCCUGUCCCGGUUUAAUAUUCUACGGAGCCCCUUAGAGAACAAGGAGGCAAUUUAUUUUCUGAAAUAGUUUUGCGUUCCCCUCGCAAUAUAUAUAUAUAUCUCUUUAUAUAUUUUAUAAAAUAUAUAUUUAUAUAUUUUUUUUAUUUAUUUAUUUAUUUUGGUAACUAUAUGGUUAUUGUAGUAAAACUAGGAAUGGGCAUUUUCAAAUUAUUUUGUAAUCGAGCACUCUAACCCACAAAACAAAACUAGUAAUCGAUUACUCAUAAAUUAAAAUAUAAAUAAAAAAUAACAUGUAUGACACAUAUGUGAAAUUUAUAUUUUGUUGAAAUAAACAAUAUUCAUUAAUAAAAAUGGUGAAAAAAAAAAAAAAAGAUUUUAAAAUAUAAGAAAAAUAUUUGCACUCACCCGGAUAUUUAUUCAAAUCUGAUAUCUGAGUGGACUAUAAAAUUAAUGUUUUUGGAAGGCUGAGUUUCUAAGGUUUGCGUUGAUAUAUAUAAUAUUUCACCAUCAAUACUCAACAGUGUAUUUUGCAGAUGAUUUGUUUAUCAUGCAUUUUCUGCUGGACUGCAUAUUUUGUGUGGACAUCUGUGACAAAAUGUUAUUAAUUACAUGUGCAAACUCACGGACAAGUAGAAAAUGGCUCAUUUUGAAGAAAAUUACUUUACAUGAUUGAUUUCAUUAGAAGUGCUCUGGAUGUGGCUUUAUAACAUGAUGCUUUUGUUUUUUGUAAUCGGACAAACAAAAUUUAUAUUUACAGAAUAUCCAGGUAUAUAAAUAUAUCGGUAAUCGGCCUCCAAAUACAUUAUUUCCAUAUCAGUCCAUCCCUAAAUUGUCACAUUGUUCUGAAGUAUAACUAUAACUCUUGUAAACAUCACACAUGUUAGUAUGUAUGAGACUGGUGCCAUGAGGAGUGUUCACACUGACAAGGAUUGAAUCAAAUUAGCUUUUUAUCAAAUGUGCUCCGCCCGUUUUCAAAGAUUUAACACGCAUACAUACUGGUUUGAUAAGCUUCCGAGAUUCUUGUACCUCUUCACCUUUUCUUUCACCAUAAAAGCAGAUCCUUGUUCAUUGGUUUGCAUGACUCCAACAAGAACUGAAUACCAAUACAAUAAUUCAAUAGGAAUCAAAAUAUUGCAAGUAUUGCCACACUUGACUACACACCACGAAAUCAAUUUGCGAUAUUCAAGUAGUCUUUUUAAUUGUCGACUAGCUGAUGCAGAAUGAGUACACCAUUAGUUGAUGACUCGUGCACAUCUCUAAGUAAAACCAUGGUUAAGUUUCGUAAGGGAUGGAAAAAGUAAUUGGGAGGGAAUGCAAAACUAUUGCGAGGGGAGGCAAAACUAUUUCAUAAAAUAAGUUAAAUCCUUGUCCUCUAAGGGGCUCCAUAAUAGUCAAAGACAGCUAAAUGUAAUUCAUGUCACUCUGUGGCGCUGCCAAAACAUUGUUCUGUUUAAACAUCUUGACCAGUCAAUCACGACAACAUUGGCUCAACCAAUGGCGUGACUUUCGGGUUGGGCUAUCUGUUUGCUGACAAAUGGCAGAUGGGGGAGUAUUCAGGAAACCUGUUUGAAAACAUUCAUUAAAUUACAGGAAUUACACACUUGGCUUUAACUUCAGAAAUGUAUGAAUGUUUGGAAAUGCUUCUGGGGAAAGUUAGAUAAACGAUAUCUGAUUUAGUUAAUUUGCCUUUUCAGGAAAAUGUAUUUGUAAGCUACAAUAUUGAUUUGUAUAUCUAGCCAUUUACACUUGUACAUCUACCUCAAAUUUCCACAGUGAUGUCCAUGGAAUUCAUAGUGUUUAUGUAACAGUAUACUUCUGCAUAGUUUAUGGUUGAAAAAAAUGUAAUCUGAAUUAAAAAAAAAAAAGAAAAAACUUUUAACAGUUAUUUCUACCAAACCCCAUGUAUUUCCAAACAGUUUAGUAAACUCUCAUUUUUAAACUCUAACAGAACAUUUUACAGAGAAACAAAUGCAUCCUGUUGUUUCUUGUGUCUUUUUGCUUUGGAUUAAUAACCUUCAGUGGAUGGAAUUGGAGGUCUGGGGAAUUGUUUUCCUAAGUUACUAUGAGUUUCAUCAUGGUUUGCGUUGUCUCAUUUAUGUGUUGAGAGUAAGUUAUUUUUAAUUUUAUUUGAAGUGUUUUUGAUCUUGCAUUUUGUGCUAUUUUGCAUUGCUUUCUGAGAUGGGUACAUUAACAAUACUGAUAUCACAAAUCAGCCACAACAUUAUAACCACCUGCCUAAGAUUGUGUAGGUCUCCCUUGCGCCGCCAAAACUGAGCCAACCCGCAUCUCAAGUUCAUUCUGAGAUUAUAAUCUUUUCACCACAAUUGUACAGAGCGGUUAUCUGAUUUACCGUAGAUUUUGUCAGUUCGAAACAGUCUGGUCAUUCUCUAUUGACCUCAAGACAUUUCCAUCUGCAGAAUUGCCACUCACUGGAUGUUUUUGUUUAGACUGCAGAUUCAUUACACUUUGAAUUAUAUUACCCCAGAAUUUGUUUAAAAAUAGUGAGUUACCACAGAUUCGAUUAAAUCAGCAGUUACAUAAACACUCAAGCCAGCCCAUCUGGCACCAUCAAUCAUCCAUUCCAUUAUCUAAUCAGCCGAUCGUGUGGCUGCAGUGCAUAAAAUCAUGCAGAUACCUGUCAGGAGCUUCAGUUAAUGUUCACAUCAACGAUCAGAAUGGGGAAAAAUAUGAUCUGUGAAUGUGAUUUGGACUGUGGCAUGAUUGUUGGUGCCAGUUGGUUUGAGUAUUUCUGUAACUGCUGAUCUCCUGGGAGUUUCACACACAACUGUCUCUAGAAUUUACAAAAAACAUCUAGUGAGAAGCAAGUCAGUGGACAGAAAUGCCUUGUUGAUGAGAGAGGUCAGCAGAGGAUUGGUUGUCUGGUUCUAACUGUCAAAGUCUACGGUAACUCUGAUAACCGCUCUGUACAACUGUGGUGAAAAGUGUAGCAUCUCAGAAUGCUAUUCUGAGGUGCCGGUUGACGCAGUUUUGGUGGCACGAGGGGGACCUACACAAUAUUAGGUAAUAAUUUUUUUUCUUUUUUUUUUGGUAAAUUUUAGCUUUUUAUUCUUGUUUUUCAUUAAAGUGUUAGUUCACCAAAUUGUUUGCAUGGUCUGUGGAAAAAAAAAAACAUAAAAGUUGAAGUUUAUUUAUGCUGUCAAACUCCUAAAAGACACAAAGUCUGUCUUUAAAAAAUAGAUCUAGAAUAUAGCACAUAUGGAGUACUUUUAUGGUGUUUAUUUGUCCAUUUUAUAGCUUGACAGUAUAAAUCUCCAACUGAUUUUGUGGUUUGGAAAAAAAAACCUCAGCUUGAACAUUUUGCAGAAUAUCUCCUUUUGUGUUCCACAUAAAAUAAAAAAAUAUAAUAAAUACAAAUAAAUCAUAAUACAGGAUUUUUUUAGAAUGACAUGAUGGUUAGUGAUGAUGCAAUUUUCAUUUUUGCGUUAACUAUUUGUUUGAGAGUGAAACUUUGACAUCGUUAUCCUCUUCCAAAUCUGCAGUAUGCACCCAUUAGUUGGUUUUGCUUUUUCCUUUUGCUGAGAUUAAACCACAUUUGCUGAGGAAACAUGAUAGAACAGGUUUAAGUGAUAGUGUAACGUGUUGCUCUGGACCUCAAAACGCAAUUUUAUAUUUUUUCAACUGUGCACAAUAAUCAAGGAAACAUAGGAAGACCUUAUUAUUUGCACCUGUGGGGCAGUUAAAUAACCCCACCUGCAUUUUAGAUUAGUCAAUCUAUAUUAUUUUUAAUUGUAUUAUUUUUUUGUGUGUGUGUUUUAAACCUGUAAUUGACAGUGACAGCUUAAGCUUAAACAGUUUAUUGAAAUGACUUAAGAAUCUCCUAAUAAUGCUAAUUUGUCCACUGCGUACUGAAUUUUAUGUUUGUUUUGUUGCAAUGGGAUUAUGCAGAAGGGAUUAUGCAGUAUUAAGGAUUGGCCUUCACAGUUACACUUUUGUACCGUGCUUGCAUUUUGUACCACUUUAGGAUGUCAAUUAAAGGUACCA